GCCAAAAUCAGCUGUUUUUUGUUUUUCACAUGAAUUUUGUGUUUACAUUUUGAUUUUGUGUGAUUUACAAUCUUCCCGUAAUCACUAAUCAGACAUAUUGUAGGAUGAGAUUGCGCUGGUGCAAUUUUUGCUUAUGAAACGUGAGUGGCAAUACAUCGUCUUUGGGGAAGAUGUAUAAAAAUUUUUCGGCAGAAAAUGUUGGCUCUGAAAACAGCUUAAAGGAACGCUAAGCACUAUGCUGCUGGUAUCGUCGGUAAUAUCAGAUAGUUAUCGCAAAGAGUUAUUUGAGAUGGUCACGGGAAAUUCGCGGUAAAGCAAACACACAAACUAAUGUAAAUAAACAGUUGCGGGCACAAAACUUCUUGAGUACUCCAGUCUAUAAAGACAUGUCGUCUGGAGGAGCAGGAUCCUCAGCAACUGGUGCAACCGCCAAUGACUUUUUUGGCUGGGAUUUGCUUUACAAAACAAUUGAAAAAACUGUUGAUAAAAAGUCUGAUGUAUUGAUCGCACUAGCGCAUUUUUUGCUUGUGAAACAUUAUAAAAUGCAAUGCAUCGGCAUUGGAGAAGAUAAAACUGUUUCAACAGAAGAUGUUGGUUCUGAACUAUUACCUGAAGGUUGGAAUGAUCGAGGCAAGAGAUACGCCUUGCGUUAUUUACACAACGGUCGAUUGUACCUUCUAAUUGGCCAUAAUACAGAGGAUUUUAUUACUAUGAACUUACUCGAUGUUAAGGACACAAAGGUAACUAACAUAACUUUAAAUCCACAAGAAUGGAUAAAACAACUUAAAGGAACACUAAACACAAUGAUGCCUGAAGCAUCGCUGAUAUCAGAUCGUUAUCGCAAAGAGUUAGUUGACCCGGUGUUCACGGGAAAUACGCGAGAGGUUACUACGCAAACAAAUGUAAAUCAAGAGACACGAGCACCAAACUUCCGCGAUCCGCUCGCAAUAGGCGGGCCGAUGAGACCUGGUGGUUCUUUUCGAAUGGAGCCUCGGCCGUUUGGCUUUCCCGAUGUUGGACGCGGCGACUUAGAUCCUUUGGGUCGCGGUGGUCCUGGUAAUCUCUUUCCAAUGCCUUCACGUCCCGAUUUCAAUGCCGGUCUGAAUCCGCGUUUCGAUCCCGUUGGUCCAGACGGACGUAUUCUGCGCGCCGAUCCUAAUCCAGAUCAUCUGCAACCACCAAAUUUUGGUUUCGACUACUACAUGUAAUAACCAAAAUGCGAUAAAAAAAAAAGCCAAAAAGCUUAUGAAUUAUUUUCAAUAUUCGUAAAGGAUGUAAUUACAUACAUAGGUUAUUAAUUGUUGGUUAAAGCCUAUUCUUUUGAUAGUUCCAAACUAUUUAACUCAAGAGCGGACUUCAACAUGUGCCUUCAAUGCACUUCGAACUCAAUAAAACUGAAUGAUAAUAAGAAUUUAGGUUACAGAAACUAAAAUAAAUAAUUAUUUUGUAAAGAGAUUAAUUGCAACUUUACUUGAAUGAGCCUUAACCAUUGAUUAAAUAACCAAAAACAGCAAAAGAAAAAUAAUUAGUUUGUAUUGGUAAUUUUUAUAUCGAUUCAUCGACUGCAAGACGACUACAUGAUUUGGUUUAAUAUUUGAAUUGCAUUUGAGUGAAAUUAUAUUAUAUUUAUUAUUUAAUAAAAUAGUUUGGUUAUAGUA